CCGUCACGAAUGUCUUGGUCUCCAAAGUCCGUGGGAACCGGUGAAACAACCGGAACUCGGAGCAACUGCGGGGGGUUCUCUGAGAUUUUGUGGAGCCCUGGGCCGACGGGUAGAGCGGGAUGGGAUGCUGGAUUGCGAAGCUGACGAAUUUUGGAGGGAAGUUGGGUUUCACCAGCUAGCCACCCAGACAGGUGACGAAUUCGAGCAGGAUCGCACAUGAUAUAUAUUGGCGGAAGCAAUCUCGUCAUCUCAACUGAAGAUUGCGACAACCUCUCCAUCCACUGCAGCAUCAGAAAGCUGAGACCAAAGACAUGGUUCAUUCCACGCCCGCGGCCCCACUUGCACGGAGCACUGAAGCGAACAUCUCAAGCUUCGACGAUGACGCUGCCAAUUGUAGCUUGCGGCACUUGCAAGCCCUUUGGUCCUGGGCUCCCCGUCCGACGGUGCCGUCGGGUCCUUCAUAUCCUCCUGUCUCAUCCAUCCCGCAUACUUCCGCCGCCCGUCUCUCUGAGCCUGAUGCGUCGCCCAGCCCGUUCCCCAAUGAACCUGUCCUCGCAAAGACGGUGCAACAUGACCCGCUCUUCCAACCCAAGACGGUCCUCUACCUCGCCUAUGGCUCAAACAUGUGUGCCGCAACGUUCCUCGGCAUGCGCGGCAUCCGUCCCUUGAGCCAGGUCAAUGUCUCUGCUCCGGCGCUGGACCUGACGUUUGACCUGCCGGGCAUGCCCUACCGCGAGCCGUGCUUCGCCAACACGGCCCUACGCAAGCUCCCCAUCAAGCCGCCGCCCCUCGACCCGCCAAAGCUCCCGCCCGGUAUCCCCGAUCAUCCCCCUUUCACGACGCCUCCCGUCCCUCUAUCCGAUGUCGAUUCCCACACAGACCAUGAAACUGGUCGCCGCGGACCAGUCUGGAACAAGGGCUUGUACGGGGUAGUGUACGAGGUGACACUGGACGACUACGCAAAGAUCGUAGCCACCGAAGGCGGCGGCGCAAGCUACCACGACAUCCUGGUGCCGUGCUACGUGCUGCCGGCCCGUGUCGGCGUGCCUGAGAAGCCGCCGGUGCCGCUCCCUCCCAAGGCUUUCCUCGCGCACACCCUCUACGCCCCACGGCUACCUGACGUCCCGGACAGUGGCGACGACGACGAUAGCACACGGGCGGCGGCGCAACCUCACACCAAUGACAAGGACGAACCCAAGAAACCCGCCCCACCAUACGACAAACUCCCCUCCUGGGCUAAGAAACUCCUCCUCCCCGUCCGACGCCCCUCGGCGGACUAUGCGCAGCCGUCGGCCCGGUACUUGGGCCUGCUGCGGGACGGCGCGCGAGAGCACGACCUGCCGGGCGACUACCAGGCGUACCUGGAGGCGUUGGAGCCGUACACAAUCACGACGUGGCGGCAAAAGUUGGGGGACUUGCUGUUCAUGGGCUUCUGGGCGCCGGUGCUGCUGCUGCUCAUGUACGGCGGCCGGCUGGUGGCCGACGACAAGGGGCGCUCGCCGCCCUGGCUGGUCGUUAUGAUGACAGUGGUGUUCAAUCUGCUCUGGAUGAGUUACGACGCUGUGGGGAAGAGGAUCUUUGGGGACGGAGAGCGGACGAUGCCCGCCGAUGACCGGGGGACGAAGUCGAGGGCGGGAGAAGGGAAGAGGCCGGGUUUCGGGAGUGACUGGAGGGGAAAGGUAGAGGUUGCGGAUGAGGAGAAAAUGGCGUUGUUGAAUGCCAGCUGGUAAUGACCGUGUGUUUAUUCCGAUGUCUGGAAGCAGAAACGGGGCUAUAUCAAUGGAAAUGGCGAGCUAGGGUCAUCGUCGAACUUCGAUUGGAACUGCGGUAAUGUUGAGCUUAGUACUACGCUAUGUGAUCGGUCUCUAGGAUGUAACUCAUGCUCGCCAUGCAGGAUUAGAUGCUUUGUGUUGGACCGGCCCCGUGAGGGGACAAUACCACCCAUCUAUC